AGGAGGAGUUGCGUGUGACUGUCAUGUUGAGGAUGUCUCUGUGUCACCCCCUGCAGGCCCCACCUGUCCCCGGCAGGGCCCCCAGGUUCAGAAUGGCCCCUCUUCUGAGGAGAUGGACCUGCAGAGAAGGCAGCUUCAGGAGUCGCAAAGGCAGAAGGAGAUCGAACGAGAGCAUCAGGAGCUGGAGCGCCAAGAGAGGGAGCGCCAAGAGAGGGAGCGAGGAGAGAGGGAGCGAGGAGAGAGGGAGUGCCAAGACAGGGAGCGCCUGGAGCGCGAGAAAAAGGAACGUGAACGUCAGGAACGUGAACGUCAGGAUUUUGAAGCAGAGCGUGAGGCUCAGGCGGAGAGGGAGCAGCAGGAGCAGCAGGAGCAGCAGGAGCAGCAGGAGCAGCAGCAGGAGCAGCAGGAGCAGCAGGAGCAGCAGGAGCAGCAGGACUGCAGGAGCCACAGGAUCA